AUGGCCGACCAGGAAGCUCUACAAGACCCACUCGUCGAGAGGCCAAGUGCGAGCCCUGAACCACCAGCUUCUCCAACCAUAAGCAAGAAACGAAAGAGAAAUCCGACCAAGGAAACCAGCGCUGGUGAAGCUCCUGUGGGGAAGAAAAAGAAGAAGCCCAAGACUAAGGCCAAGGCCAAGGCGAUUGAGGAAGACGAACUAGAUUUAGAGACUGGCAUUAACAAAGCAUUCUCGCACAUGGACAGCCAGCUGCUGGCAGAUUAUGUUGCACAGCGAACGAGAAGAUACGAGAGUGAUUUGAGCUCAAUCGAGUUGGAGGACAAAUAUAUCCCAGCAAAGGCAAUUGAGGACACGACGGCAUGGGAUAAAACAAGAGACCUAGACAAUUUGCCCGGCUUCUUAGAGAAGUUUGCAGGAAAUUCAACAAAACUUUGGUCGGCGUCGAAGAAAAAUGGCUCACCGCAUACAAUCAUAGUCACUGCAGCUGGCCUGAGAGCAGCGGAGAUUGCAAGAGUGGUACGGAAAUUACAAACGAAAGACGCAACUGUUGCAAAAUUGUUCGCGAAACAUAUCAAGCUGCAAGACUCGGUCAAAUUUCUUAAAACUACAAGAACUGGUAUUGCAGUUGGAACACCGACUCGGCUAAAGGACUUGAUGGACGACGGCGCUUUGGCGGUUGACCGGCUGGAAAGAAUUGUUAUCGAUGCUUCGCACAUAGAUGUCAAGAAACGGGGAAUCCUGGAAAUGAAAGAAACACAAGUGCCACUGAUUUUUUGGCUUGGGCAAUCGGUAUUUAAGGAGAGAUACGCCGCCGAUAAAAACGGCAUACAGCUCUUAUUCUACUAG